CUCCUCCUCCUUCCUCCUCCUCCUCCUCCUCCUCCUCCUCCUCCUCCUCCUCCCCCUCCUCUCCCUCUGCUACCUAUGGUAGUGAUGGUCGAACAUCGGCCCAUCGAGUGGAUGAUCGCCCCCAGGGAGGCGAUCGGCUGUUAGUGUGCCGAGGGCACCCUACAUAUGGCGCGCGUGCCGCGAGGAGCCGCCCGCGGCGCACGGCAACACGGUGAUGAUCAGCAUCCGCCUGGUGAAGCUGCAUAGCGUGGACGCCACAGCCAACGUGAUAACGCUGACCGCGGACAUCUUCGGCGACGGGUACAACCUCUUCUGGGCGGACACCUGCGUGCUGCCGGUCAAGUGCCACAUCGCGGCGGCGAGCCUGGGGGGGGGGGACCAGCGAGAGGAGUACGAGACGAUGCUGGACGAGCACAAGGAGGCCGUCGCCGUGGCGCUGCCGAUGCCGGGCGGCGCCGAGGCCAGCUCGAGUCCUCUAAACUUGAGUCUCACCUCUUCCCGAUGCAUGCUCAACUUGAUAUGCCCCACGCUGAUGAUGGUUGUGCUGUCCUGGUUUGUCUUCUUCACCCCCGUCGCGAAGAGCGACCGUCUCGCCUACUCGGUCACCCUGCUCCUGGCGGCGAUGGCGGUCCAGUUCAUCACCGCAGACAAGCGGCCGGCUGAGCAGUACGACGGAUGGAUCGACAAGCUCAUGAGCGGAGCUUACAUCAUGAUCAUAUUGCCAAUCGUGGAGACCGCGUUCCUCUUCAGAAUAGAGGCCAGGAUAGAGGCCUCGAUGGAGCAGUACAGCGCAGACGAAACGCGCACCCAUCACGAGCGGCUGUCCCUUCUGGCAAACGGACAUAACAGGAUCCGCAUGGUCGAUCGCAUCUGCCGCGUGGCAUAUCCAAUCGCCAUUGUGUUGUUUCUGCUCGGCCUUUUCGGCCCCGGAUCCCCUGUCUUCGAGAACCGCCACGAGCACAAGGCUCCCGCGAGCAUCUCUCUGAUAGGCCUCUCGCUGUUCACGAUCCCUCUCAUGGGCAUGAUGUUUUGGUUCACUGUGAAGAACUUGUACCAGAUGGGGCCGCACUCAACGCGCGAGCUCUCGCAAGAGCUCAAAGAAGCGUUAAGCCCGCAGCGAAUAGUGCGCGUUGCGGCCCUGCCAGUCAGGCCCCGGCUGGCGCGGGGACCACACAGAGAAAAGUGGGUAUCGAAAGACCAGGCCCUUCUGCAGUGCCACGUCGUGCUCUGCGAGCUGAGUCUGCUGACGGCGCACAACCAGCGCAUGAGCUCAGCCACCGUAAUAGACACGUUCACCAUGGACCAGAAGCACGUGGUCGCCGAAGGGCUCGAGGAUAUCCUCGCGGAGUGCAGGAAGGAGGUCGAGACGGCCCGCGUGUGGGGGAUCGAGGCGCUGCGCGACGUCGGCAGUCCGGAGGCGGGCCUCGCAGUUUCUCUCGAGAGCUUGGCGACCUCCGACGUCGAGGUCAAGUCUCGCAACGACCUGCAGGCCUACCGACCAGAUGAUGCCCCCAUCGGGGGCCGAUCCGACAGCGCACCUGCCUGCGUCGCCGCUGGAAGGAUACUCGCGGCCAUCCAAGGUUUCUAUAAGGAUGUGAUGGUGGUGGACCGCCUUCACUAUGACCGGCACAUGCUCUUGACCGCGGAGAUCACACGCCGGAUCUCCUGGGUCACCUUGUCGAACUCGCGCGAUGUCUCGCAGAAGAAGGUGUUGGUCAUGACGGUGGCAAGCGCGGAUUUCAAGGGCACGGGCUCCGAUCCCGAGGCUCGCGGCGUCACGUCUGUGGCCAGGGGAGGGUCGAGGAGCAGCCGGGCGCAAUGGCGUCUGUCGCGCUCCAGCCAGCUGGCGCGGAACAGCGCAAGCAUUCCAGAGUCUAUCUGCGAGACGCCGGGGAUGUUGGCAGCUGGUUCCAGGAGGGGCUCGGGGUUCGAGGUGUUCGGUCGGCUGCUCUCGCCGCGCUUCGCCGAGGGAGCCCUCCUGCCCGCCCUGGCCCUCGCGGCCGCCGCGUGCAUCCUCGGCGCGCGCCUGGCGUUUUUGCCCGCGCCUGCGGCGCAGCCGGCGAGGCAGCACCAGGCGCUCCUCCGCGCCGGCGCCGCGUUGGCGGCGGCCGCUCCUGCGGCGGCGCUGGCGGAGCCGGACGAGCUCGUCGACUACAAUUUCGCGGGCGAGUUCACGCCGUUCUUGAUCAUCGGGUAUUUCACGCUCACGACCGCCCUGACCGGUUUCUCUUUCGUCUCUUACCUGGUGCUGACGAAACUGAAGAUCAUCUGA